CUAUUUGCUCCACCGUUGCUUGUCGUUUCUUCUUCUUAAUCUUCUCCCCCUCCUUCUCGUGAUCAUUCUCAUCCUUCUCGUGAUCCAUCCACAUUCCUCCUCCUCCUCCUCCUACAAUCCAUCCGUAUCUCCUGGGCCCCGACCUCCAGUGGUGCUCUAUCGCACAGCCCCUUUUCCUGCCUCCCUCUCUCCCGCUACUGCCACUCGUUCUCUUCCCCAUCUAUCCUUCACUUCCCCAUCACGCCCUUCGAUAUCCUUGGACCCAUGACCAAUCGCUCACAGUCUCCCAAGCCAUCUCUCAUCCAGCCGGUCUCGCAGCAGAUGUUCGAUGAGUUCUUCGCAAGUACCGCUCGACAAUGCGGCAGAGCAGCAACCUGCGACAAGAGGGCACCCUGCGUGCUCGAUACAGCGGAGAUAUGGCGAUGCGCCUCAGCAGACCACCGCCUGUUGCAUGUGCUCCAGAUCCUGAACUCGUAUGACUCUCGGACGUCGUCGUGCAACGAGGAGACAGAUGCUGCAGCCAACAGGAAGUGUUUCCUCGGCGACCACCAUGAGGGCCAACCUGUCAGGAAUUCCACGUCCUUCACGCAUAGGAGGGAGCAGCUACAUAUCGGCGGCCACCGACGCGCCUCCACCACGUCAGCCGAGCAUCAGUGUCCCGCGACAAGGACGAGGAGCGGGAGGUCGUGCGCAGGGUCGAUCCCCUCCAUCUUCACCGACGAGCUCGAGCUGCUCAGGAUGUUCAGUGACGCCCAACGGGCUGGUCACGUUGUAAGGACUGACGGAUGCGUCUGCUGAUAGCGUCUGUCCCAAUGUACUCUAGGUCAUAUAACGAUUAGUAUCGUUGUAAUGUAUCCUGCCCCCACG